UUUCAGAAGCAAAACACCUGUCCACAACUUUACGCGCAAAAAUUUCUGGAAUAUAAAGCUGAGCUAAGUCAAAAAGCAUUCAACUUUAUUUUUAUCGAUGGUUCGAAAACCAAAUUUUCAACCUCAUUUGCAGUAGUCUCCGAAAACCUUGAUGUUUUAAGAAAAGGUAUCCUGCCUAAUCAUUGCUCCAUCUACACCAGUGAAAUCUUUGCUAUAUAUCAAGCCGCCUUAAUUGCAUCGAAAACCAAGGGCAAUUUCUGCAUUUGUACUGACAGUCGGUCUGCCAUUGAUGCCCUCUGGAAAUUCAAAAAGGACAGCGUUCUAGUAACCCACACCAGGGAUUUGCUAAUUAAACACAAAAACAAAAUUAAAUUGAUAAGGAUUCCUGGCCAUUGUGGCAUCCAAGGCAAUGAACUAGCUGACUCUGUUGCGAGGAGUCUUCAUAAUAACCCAGUUAUCUGUUUUGACACUUUUAAAAAGGCCGAUUUGUCGAGACAUGUACGGCAGUAUAUUAACAAUAAAUCCUUACUAAAGUGGAAAGAAUAUGUUCACCAUUAUGCAGAUAUUAAUCCAACAAAAAUUAGGCCUACUUUUCCUUCCGAUGCUAAACAGUCAGACAUUCUCGUUUUCACAAGACUUCGUUUGGGCCACACGCAGAUCACUCACGGACAUCUUCUUAGUCAUGGAGUAUCAUUAUGCAACGUUUGCGGGGCAAUGAGCACAUCUGUGAAGCAUAUCUUGGACAUCUGCCCUCGUUUUUCUAUUCAAAGGCAACGGAUUUUUGGCUUGACUGUUCCAUCACAACUUCUUUCCGACACUGCAGCACUUAACAUAAGCAAGAUAUCUAGUUUUAUAGCCUCAUGCAACCUAUCUCAUUUAAUUUAGUUAACCUUAACUGUAUAAUAUUUGUAAUCCAUAAACGAAAUGUAAAUUAGUAUUUCUUUUGUAAAACCAGCUGAUGACCUCGAGCUAGUGCUGUUUUUUUUUUCUCUUG